AAUAUGGCGGCCUCCAUGUGCUCAAAGUUAAAACUUGCAUGUAAAUGGAAAAAAUCGAAGCCAUCUCUUCACAUACUAAGGUUGUGUACACAGCAUCUAUGCAGUGCAAAUGAAGAGGUGGCAGAACAUUCACAAGAAAUUGUGAUACCUGACAGAAUAGAGAGAGGUCCUACUGAUAUUUUGAGAGCGCUCGCAUCAACAGUUGCAAGAGACCAGACAGCGGCUCACUACAAGUAUCACGAUGACCCCUUCUUUAUACCUACCAGUAACAUCGCCAAGCGGUCAUACGCUUUGUCGAAAGAAUCGGGCAGAAAAGCCGCCCACUGGAUAUCCAACCAGUACCCAGAACUGUUUGAAGGAAUCAACCCAGCAGAUCCACAGAUACCGGUGCUAAUGCCAGACAAUCCAAAAUACAAACAUGAGGGAGCAACGGAGGAGGCUGUCCUAGAGAGGCUUGACUAUGGAAAACCACUAGUUGCUUAUCAGACUUAUCAGGAUUGUCUGGCGGCAGGGGUGAAGCUGAGUGCUGAUGCACGAGAUCGACUGCUGGCCAUCCUCUGCUACUACAACUCCCAGGACCCACCCCUCACCGAGUUCAUCGAGGAGAAUUGGUACAAGCGUGCUCGGGAGCGCGGCGUGAGAAAGUCCUGGAAGGACCAAGGUCCAGCAGACCAGUUGUUUCAGGACAUGGGAGACGAAAGAACCUGCACUUCAUACAAGCUAAUAAUCAGGGGCAUGGUCAAGUAUUACCAAGUGGAAAAGGCAUAUGCACUCUUCAGAGAAAUGCAGGAUAAAGGUUUUGAAGUUGAUCUCUCCACGUACAAUGCCAUACUGAGCAUAGCAAACUUCCUGCGUGAAGGAAACGAACAGAAGUUGCAGCUUGCUAAGGACCUGAUGCUUCAAAUGGAAACUCAAGAUAUACGGCCGGACCUGACUACGAUUAAUGCUGUGCUGGAGUUGUUGUCUAAGUUUGGCAAUUGGAAGCUGGCGAGGGGUCAGAGUCUCAGCGUGCUGGCUGAGAUGAAACGGCUGGGAAUCGAGCCAAGCUUAGGAAGUUACUAUUUCGUGCUAAUGACCUGGUGUAAGGACAAGGGCCCGAUCAGUACCAUCCUUCAUGACAUCAUGAAGCACAUCGACAACAAAGAUCUCACCAUCCGCCACCUCAGCGACUUGAACUUCUUCGUGGCAGCGAUGGAUGUGUGUCACAGUCACCUGUGUGACAUGAGGCUGGCCUACAGGGUGCACAGGCUCGUACACCGGGGCAACAACAUAUUGCUGCUGGGCGAUUCCUUCAAGCAGUCCACCUACUACAUGCAUUUCUUCCGGUUACUGUGUGCCACUGAAUCUGUUGAGAAGCUGUUUGAAUAUUAUGAAGACUUGGUGCCAAAUGUGUACACACCAGAGCCUAGUGUCAUGAUGGACGUCAUCAGGAACCUCGAUGCAAACAGUGCCCUCGAGCACCUGCCUAGAGUCUGGUCGGAUAUGAUCAUGUUUGACAUGACGCAGCGAGAGAUGCUUCUGACAGAGCUGUUGCACGUCAUGGGACGGGAGAAACUCGACGAUACCCAGUUGAUGGAGAGGUUUGGCUUCAUAGCAUGGGACAUCAAGACAAGAAUUGAUGCAAAGCUGUCAGAUCGAACGUACAAAUCACCAACUCAGUGGACAGGGGAGAUGGUUGGUGACGUCAUCGUCGUCUGCCUGCGGGCGGCCAUGUUUGAGCAGGCGUGGGAGAUGUUAGAAGCACUGGAGCGACAGGAGCACAACAUACUGGGCUUCCCCAGCGAGCGCGUCAUGCAGGAACUCGUGGAGGCCUGCAUAGAGCAUGCAGACUCGCGCAGGGCUGUGAAGUGCAUAACGGUGAGCUCAGAAAUAGGGUAUCCAGAAACUCCCAACUUUGCUCGCCAGGUGGCGUGCAAGCUAAAGCUGACGGAUUCAGAAAGAGCUCAAAUGAUAGAUAUUGUUGGAUCAGACGCCCUGGAGUCUGCAUCAGUAUGACCAUCGGCAUGAGGCCUGAUGCUGCUAGCACUGUGUUACAUCAUAGGACAUAGCUCCACAUUAAAAGCCAACAGUUUAAUCGUUUACACCUGCCAUCGUCCGCAAGACACUCCAAAACGUCCACGGAAAAAGUGGUGCCAUCUAUAGCAUAGCCAUACACGAAGGCCUGUCUUAAUCCCGGUCUUUGUUUCUUCCGGUCUUAAUCCCGGUCUGAUAUUAUCUAUGUUGUAAGUCACGUGAACUUAUUGGCAACAGAUCGUGGUAGGAGUAGUUGGUUAUGUCAGCAAAUUAAUGAAAGGGAAAAGAAAAUUGGGUUUAUGGCCUGGUUUUGCUCAUGACUUCACAUGCUCGUGUAGUAAGUCAGCUUAAUUGAUUGUUGCAGUAAAGAGUUCAGUUUGAAUUGGUUCGAGGCACUUGAACUACUUUUCUGAGAUUCUUCAGUAACGAUUACACCGAUGAAGUUGGAGGUGGCACGGUAGUGAUGAAUGUCGGUUAAAAAUUGGUCGUUUUAAUGUCACAAUUACAGAAAUAAGUUGUCUGAUGUCGCAGUUCUACACACUGCUAACUGUUAAACGAUUAGGUAGGGCAUGGCAAUAAGCUUUGGUGAUCCCCAAGCAUUUCAGACAUGUCAGGUGCUGCCACCUCAUACCUGUACUAGUAACUAGUCUUUAUUGUACUGUGUCGGUGAAGCUGAGAAUUGUGAAGAAAACAAAAAUUUGCGUCAUUGUAAUUUCAUAAAAUAUUAUAUUCAUGUAAUAUGAGCGUUGUUCAUAUACUGAACACUGUAGAUGUAUCAAUAAGGCCAUCAUAAACCUUGUCACCAUUUUCUUACUAAUUA